AUGAGUUUCAAGCCUGUUUCCGCCAAUGAAACGAAACCAUUGCCACGUCAACAAUCUUCAACCACUCAAUAUGUUUACAACCCAUUCGUCACAAACAAUUCCAAGGAACAGGUAGAUCUGGGCUGCUCAGAAACCUCAACUAUGGAAAUAGACCCUGAGGACAAGACGACAUACAGUUGUGAACAAGCCAUCAAAAGGUCUAAGUCUUGCUCAAUCCUACCAACACAACUAACAAGGAGAUCGUCUACAUCAUCAGUCAGAAGAUUCCAAAGAAGAAAGGGCAGACUAAGCAUCACCCCUCCAAGAAAUAACCCAAUGUCAUUGAUGUCAGAAGACUUCAGUGAACAGGAAUUUUCUUUUAGUGAGGAGUUUUCAAUGAACUCCCCAUUCAGCAUAAGUAGUAGUGGCAGUGCAGAUUCAGACCUUGAAUCUUUGCCUGAUACUGACGAAAGUACCCCAAAUACCUCACCUUUGUAUAAUUCCAACAAGACUUGCUUCCCAUUCUUCAAGUCAAAUAGGAGCAUAUCCAGCUACUUCCUGUUGGAACAAAAGAAACUUGAGGAAAAGGAACAAGACGAAUUAAGAAGGAGAUUGAAGGGACCUUCAAUCUUUGAGAUUCCUGAGAUAGUUUAUAAGAUUAUUGAUUUUGCAGAUGCCCAAAAUACAAACAUACCGCAGGAAGGGGCUACAGUAAGAAGGAAACCACUUUCAUUCAAGCAUGCCAUGUUAAUUUAUGGCAACAAAGAGGACGCCAAGGCUGCCAUGACUGCACUGAAGAACGUCUCUUCUGUGGAGGCUAAUAAUGCUGACAACGCAACUUCUAGAGGAAUACUCCACAACUGCUUAUUGGUCAAUAAACUUUUCAAUCAAGUUACUACUGAAUUUAUGAACAAGAAGUUCUUUUUCAGUUCAGAAGGAAACUUCAUGAAAUACUUACAAAGUAAAAUUAAAGAACAAGAAAGUAGUUUAUUGAAGCCUGUCACCAAAAUGUCUCCAUCGAUGAUUGUUCUUCAUAAACUUUUCCUGGUAAAAUCUGAGGCAGUAGAAUUACUCAACAAGCAAUUGGAUUAUUCCAACCUCGAGUGGAUUGAAUUUUUCAUGUGCCCCAAGUUGCUACCAUCCCCUUUCAUGUUCGAAAGUAAUGGACAUAAAAUCAAGAAGUUCGUAGUUACGGGAUCAAAAGUACUUGAUGAUAACUUCAUGAUACACUUAUCUAAAAAGUGCCGCAACUUAGAAGUGCUUGACAUAAGAGCAUGUGAAUUGGUUUCAGAUUCUGGAAUAUACAGUAUAGGAAAAUACUGCAGAAACUUGAAAGUGAUAAACUUCGGGCGCAAGAAACGUGGACAUCUCAUAACCGACAAUAGCUUGUCGAAUCUAGUCAAGAACAAUCCUAAAUUAAAUACCAUUGGAUUAGCCGGAUGUCAUGUUUCCGAUAAAGUGAUCUGGGAUAUCGCAAUCCACUGCAAUCAGGCAGUAGAAAGACUAUCCUUGAACAAUUGCGCUCUAAUUACCAACCAAUCAAUCCCACUAAUUUUGCAUUCAAAUUAUUUACCAAACUUGUCAGUUUUAGAAUUGAGGUUUGUUGAACAAUUAACUAAUUUCAAACCAAUAAUAGAAUUCAAGAGAAGACAGCAGUUUAAAGGAAUCUCUAUUUUGAUUGAAGUCUGUGAAGACCUUUGUGCUAAAAUGAGACAACAAGAAAUAGAUAUGGAUAAAGUAUUGUCCAAAAGAAUAUUCAAAGACAUCUUAGAAUAUGUUAACGACAGUAAUAAUGAUGAUGACGUAUCCCAUGUUCAUUUCAUAAACGAACGAAGGUCGUUAGUGAGAUAA